AAUUUUUCCGUUUUCUCAUCUUUUUCAACGUUUUAAAGCAAUUUCGCUCGUAUUUUAUGCAAUUUUCAUAACAAAAAAUGUCGAUAAUUUUUGAUUUUCUCAUAUUUUCGAUAAAAUUCGUACUAUUCGGCAAUUUUUUCGCAAUUAUCGUAGUUUUUGUUAUGAGAAUUGGAUGUUCUUUCUUUUUUUCACUUUUUCUACUGUUUUUGGCAAAGAGAGACGGGAUAUUAUAAUUUUUGUUCUUUGAACUCUUAUAAACUAUGAAAUAAUGCAAAAUUUAAAGAUUGCCGAACAGCCACCGACCGUCGUGUCAAGCAGCGCGGAGACGAUGGAUGAACGCGGCGAUAUUGAAAAUUCGCUUCAGUUUCCAAGGAUUUCUUGAAAGAGAUUAGCCAAUCGGAAACGCCACGGAAAUCCAUCUACAGAACAAACAAGUGCAGCAGAGACAGCGGAUCGAGGGAAAAUCCCGAAAAAAUCUAAUUUUUUUGCAUUUUUUGAAAUUUUUCUUAAAUAAAUUUUAUUGAGAACUGAA